CCCUCUCUUAUUUCCAGACGAGGCAUCAAUAGACAACAUAAUGCGAGCAGGUUUAUCUUUACUGUUUUUGCUGCUCUGUCUGUUUGUGUCAUGGGCUCUGGGGGUGCAGGACACCCAUGAUUUCCAGCCUCUGGACCCUGAUACCACAGCUGACCGUGAAAUCUGGGAAGAGUUGAGGAUGCUGAGGGACAUGGUGGUGCAGCAGACGGUGGAGCUGAAGAACAUGAAAGGCCGGCUGGCAGAGACAGAGACGCAGGCAGUUGAGCAAAAAUUGGAUCUCCUCCUCACUAAAACCAGCCUGGAUGAGCUGAAGAGAGAUCACACUGCCUUGGAAGAGAGACUGAGGACCAGUGAGAAACAAGUGGAAGAGCUGAAGAAACUAAACAUGGAGCUGAGGGUUGAUCUUGAAAACCAGGCAACUGAACUUUUGUCUGUAGAAGGCAGAGUGGCAGUCAGUGAAAGUGAGCUGCAGCUCCUAACAGGCAUGAUGGCUGACCUACAGGCCCAGAACACAGCUCAACAAGUUGAUAUUACAUCUUUAAUGGACCGGAUGACCACUACUGACAGCAGAGUGGACGGUUUAAUCAAAGAGAAUGCAAAGGUGGCAUUUUAUGCUGCUUUUAAAAACAUUGCAGGACCUUACAAUACUCCAACUGUCCUAAAGUUCAACCAGGUCUUCACCAAUGUCGGUAACACCUACAGUCCAACCACCGGUUACUUCACUGCACCUAUGAAAGGAAUGUACUAUUUCAGAUUUACAGUAUGUGGUCAUACCAACAAAACCAUGGGAGUGCAACUAUUUCAUAAUGGGAAAUCCAUAAUGUAUAAUUUGCAAACCAUGCGUGAGAGCCAUUUUGAGUACCUAUCAAACGCUGUUAUUCUGGAUCUGAAUGUCGGUGACGAGAUACAUUUGGUCCUCCCAAAAAGUUAUACAAUUUAUAAUAAUGAAAACAAUCACAGCACAUUCAGUGGCUUCUUGCUUUUCACUAUGUGAUGUCAUAUAAGUACCUACUGUAUGCUGUGUUUUGUGAAGCCUACCCGUACUUACUGUACGUGCUGCAGUUGUCUGCAUGAAUUUAUAAUCACCCAAAUAGAAAUCAUUCUUUGUCUCA